AUAGAGUCCCCCAGAGAAAACGGAAGUAGAAACGACCAGAUUUACUCUAACUAUGCAAUUAGGGAAAAUGGCCUUCAGAAGUGUCAGGCUGAUUUAUGAGCAGUUGAUAGAAAAUAAUUGCCGACGCGUUUAUAAUUAAAAGAAUAAAACCCGAGUCUUCUUUUUGGGGGACUGAUGGAUUUUGUCGGCCUCUGAUUGACUAGCGUGAUAAAAUGAUCCAUCAUCUACAGUAGGUAAGCAGGCAAUUAGUAAUCCCAAAGUUGACUGAGGAGAGAAUUUCAUAACAUGACUUCUGCAAUAGAGGAAAAAGAGCUAGAAGAGAGACUGAGAGAAGCUGCUGCUUUGGGGGAUAUUGAGGAAGUUCGGCGAUUGGUGGAUUUUGGAGUGAGUGUGAACUCUCAGAAUGAAAUCAACGGCUGGACUUGCUUGCACUGGGCCUGUAAACGAAAUCAUGCCCAGGUCGUGGCAUACCUUCUAGAGGCUGGCGCAGAUAAAGACAUUCUCACUGUUAAAGAAGAAAAAGCACUCCAGUUAACAUCCAAAAGGGAAAUUAGGAAGAUGCUGGGAGUGGAAGAGGACGAUCUUUUGGAUGUGAAGAAAGACUUGCCAAUUAUCCCAAAUUAUUUAUCUAACCCUCCUUUUCCUUAUGUGUAUAACUCCAUGAAUAACAGCACUACCAGCACCUCAACUUCCUCUUUGAAUGGAAGACUUUCUCCUCCUUUACAAAAACACAACAUGGACGCUCCAGUUUCUUUGCCUCCAUUACAAACAUCUGGCACAGCAGUAUUGCAACAUGGAAAGGCUUCUGUAGGAUGUGAUGGAGAUGUGACAAAGGCAAUCACUAUGGAAUGCUUGGAGCCCAUUGUUCAGAAUGGCCAUGCUCAUCAGCUCUCUGUUCCUCCGAGUAGGACACACUGUUCCCCAGCUGGAUCUAUACAACCAGAAACCCAGCAACCCAGUGGCCCUUACACAGGAGCUGUCCCAACAUUUCAGCCCUUCUUCUUUACUGGAGCAAUUCCCUUCAGUAAUAUGCAAGAACUGGUACUUAAGGUCAGAAUUCAAAAUCGUACCUUGAAGGAGAAUGACUUCAUUGAAAUUGAAUUGGAUCGACAAGAAUUGACAUACAAAGAAUUGCUUCGGGUGAGCUGCUGUGAGUUGGGUGUUAACCCCGAAUAUGUGGAGAAGAUCAGAAAGCUUCCAAAUACAGUAUUAAGAAAGGACAAAGACGUCUCGAGACUUCAAGAUUUCCAAGAACUGGAGCUUGUUCUAAUGAUGAGUGAUAAUGACUUUAUGUUUAAAAAUGCAGCACCAGCACUGACUGAAAGGCCUUGUUAUAAUAAGAAAGCCUCAAAACUAACUUACUAAAUAUUGAAUUAAAAGUUUCAUUCUAGUAUUUAACUAUUAAACCUAGAAUACUCUAAGGGCUAUAUCAUUAACUUUUACUGUACCGUGGAAAGUAUAAUUAAAUGACUGAGCAUAUAUCUUUGAAAACAAGCUCAGUUGAGAGAGUUGGACUUGUUUUUAAUUUAAUAUGCUAAAGGUGAUGAUAUACCUGCAUUUCAUAAAGUGACAAGUGGAAUACCCUAACCCACGUAUGAUCUUUCUUAAAAGGAAAUUGUUUCUUCUUGGAGUACAACAAAAUAAAAGUUCUCAGGGAAAUAAAUAAUUGUUCUAAUAAUUGCUACUAGUAAAAAGGAGGCACAAUACAUUGAAAAAACUGAAUAUGUAAUGCAUUUAAUGCUGGGAACAGGAUAUUUCAAAUGCAGUUAGUUGUCUAGAUCUGAAUAUGCAGCUUGAGAAACAGAUAAUUUUACAGGAAGGAGCAAGGAGAGAUGUGGACUUUUGGACAUUGGCCUAUUGAAUGGAGAUUAAUUUUAAAAGUAAUCACAUUAAUGCACAUUUACAUAUUUUUGGCAGUAGCGCCUUGUAAAUAUAUAAGUGAAGUGUGUUUUGCCAUUGCUGAUGGCAAGAGAAGCAGCUAAUUUUGUGAUCCCAGAGAAAAACCUAUCUUGCUACCUUUACUGAUCCUGCCUGGGAUAAAAUAUUGAAGAGCUUCUGUAAGAGACAGAGGCCGUACAAUUUAGAAAUUAAAGAAAUGGUUCCUUCCGCUUGUUGAUAUGCUGCAGCAAGGGAUGCUGCCAAUGUCCUUAGGAAAAUUUGUAUUUCAGAAAGAAGCACACUGACUGUUUUAACAAGCUAGCCAAGUAGCUAAAUCAGUUGUGAUUUCUUUGAAAUGGUGCUCAGAUAAAAUAUUAGAAAAUAUACUUUUACUGUAUUAAUCCAGACUUUAAAUAGUGUUAACCAAAACUCUGUGUAUGUGAGUAUAAUCAAGAACUGCUUAGCAGUAAAUAAUGCAAAAUGAUUGGUACUGUUUGGACUAAUUUUCUUUCUUUGCUUUUCUUUUGUCUAUUUAACCUUGAGAGUUUUCCUGAGGAGCAAUGGAGAUGUCUACACUGUAGCCUGGUUCUACAGAUGAAAUUAGCACAAGUUCCUUCUGCCUCUAAUUUUUUAUCCUAUUUAUCCUCAGGUUCUUUACAACUGUUAUGCAUUUAAAGGAAAGCUUGUAGCAUCUUAGAUAGCAGAAAUAUUUUAAUAUCAAGAUAAGUAAUACAUCUUGCAAUUUCUAUGCAUUUUUGACAGUGUUGCUUGCAUUCCAUAUAAGCAUGUCUAAACUUUUCAUUAUCUUGCUAGUUCAGGUUCUGUAAUAAUACUCUGAUGCCAAAUCCCAGGAACAAAAAACAGUAUGCAAAAGCAUGGGACGCAAUUAAGAAUAAAUUAUUAACCUAGUUUUAGGAUUCUGUGUAGCUAGUGGAUUGAUGUCAGUUCAUUUAUUUGUAGUCCAAUGACUACAUGCUAUAGAUGGACUAUAUAGGUACCCGGGCAGUUAGGAUUUAACAGGUGUAUUUAGUUGCUAAUUUCAGUUGCCAGAUGUCAGUGUUCCUUGUCUACAGAUUCAGGAAUGUGUGCACAAGUGCUGUGAACUUAAAUUUAAGCCGUUGGUGUCUGGGGGGAAAAAAAAGACUGACCCAGUACUAGAGAAUUAAGACAAACCUGAAAGAAGUAACCUUUAUAAUGUUUUUAAAAUAACCAGUGAAAAAAGCAAAUUCCAGAAUUGCCAAUCUAAGCCUUGAGUUCUUAUAUUUGCCAGGCUUUAAAUAAUGAUUUAGAAAACUGAUUCAAUCCAUGUCUUCACAGUAGGAAGAGUUAUACUGUAUGCUCUGCAGGAUUAAAUUUGGUGGUCUGCUCGUGCUCAGUUUUCCAGUUUCUAUCCUCUCCAUGCAACCUUAAAAAAUGAGUGGGGAGGAAGAGUGCCUUGAAGGUAGAGAUCCUUAUGUCUAUUCCCCCCCACCCACCCACCCCCAUUGAUUUUGGGGAAGUAGCGGAAAGAACUUUGAGGAUCUAGGUUUUUUUUCAUUUAGUGGAAAGCUGGAUGGUCUAACCACCUCUGUUCUGUGGUCGUUGCUUUUGUUUAUCUGUCUGAAUUUAACUUGCUUGGUAAAAUUGAUUGAAUAUAUUUUAUAGAAUCAGCUCUUGGAACCUACAGGGUCAGCAUGUGUUCUGUGUCACUUUUCCCCUUUUGGAUCUUAUAAGGACCAGUCUGGAAAGGAGAGCUCUUCUGGGUCUUUAGGUGCAAACAGCUCAUUUAUAUAUAGGUGCUCAAUCACUGGAGGUUUCCAAAAUUAGACUGGACAACCAUUUGACCAGGAUGGUAUAAGAGCUCCUGCCUUGAACAGGGGGUUGGACUACAAGGACCUAAGAAGUCCCUUCCAGCCUUAUGAUUCUAUGCUCUGUGUUAUAUGUUUGCCACUUCAUUAUGAAGAGGCUCUUUAUUGAGGAGAAAUGUAGCUUGUCUAGCAGAAGCUUAGGAGUUUUCCCUAUCCUGGGGAGUUUUUUUAGAGAAGUUAAAUUCCGUUCUUGAUUUUUGCAUUUUCAUCUCCUCCUCUCAUGCUUUUGACAAACAUAUUGAUGAAAAACUAUCAUUUACCUUCAGUGACCCAUACUGAUCAUGUAUUCUGUUUACGAUUGGGCCUAAAAGGAUAGGUAAUCCAUAGACUGAGUGUUCCUUUCUCCAUCACUGAGAUCACUUUGCCUUCUUAGCAAACUGAUCACACACUUCGGUGACAAAGAUUUUUCUUCCUUCAAACUAUGGAUAAGGAAGCCCAUUUUCAUUUUUAAGACUGCCCCCAAACCCUUAAAAAGCUGGACAAAAUUGUAAGUGGGGGAUGCAGAAUUUUCAGCUUUCCCAAAUAUUGCCCAUCUCAAAAUAGAACUUCAAAAUGGCACAAAUCACAGUAAUUGAUAAAAUUUGAUGAUUAAUUUUAUCUUUAAAAUCUGAGGGGGUCUUUUAUGAAGGCAGCUUAAAGUUGAUGAACAAUCAGUUUAUAUAAACAAUUUUUUUAUUUUAAAUAUUAAACUCCCUAUGAGCUUGCUCUAAUUAUGGAAGGGUAGGCUAGAAAUUUUUAAAGAGAAAGUAGGAAGAUAUGGUUUGGUUAGAUUAAAGGUAAUUAAUAUUUGGAAUGCCAGUUUGAUAUAUAUUAAAAUGGAAAAAACAUAAAAGUAAAGCAUUUUUUUUUACUAAAAUGUUUAAUAGCUAAACCAGUAGUGGUUAACCUUUUCGGCACCGAGUGCCAAAACGAGAGUGUGCACACACUGAAAGGGCACUGUGCCGAAAUGUGUGUGCCGGAAACCGGAAGAGCAGCUCCCGGCAUGCGCAUGCCACAUGGUCUUCAGGCUUCUAAUGUGCAUGCGCGCGCGAAGACCAGCUGGCUGGCCAGUUUCUAAUGCGUGUGCCAGCCAGCUGGUCUUCAUGCACAUAUGUGUGGUGGCCAGCUGGUCUGUGCGCACGUAUGCGCAUUGGAAACUGGAAGACUAAGUGACUGGUGCACAUGUGCGCGCCGGGAACUGCUCUCCCAGUUUCUGGUGCUCCCACACAUACAAAGACCAGCUGGCCAGUACGCAUACGCUUGCCAGAACCCAGAAGAGCAACAGGCAAUGACUGGCAUGCCCAGAGAGAUGGCUCUGCAUGCCACUUCCAGCACACAUGGCACAGGUUUGCCAUCAUGGAACUAAGCCAUUCUCCGUUAGACUGCUGCGAGAGUCUAGGGUGGGUUGUGCUCAUCUCUUCAUCACGUGACUGAGUCUGCCAAAUCAUUGAUCUUGCCACCGUUGCUAUGGAUACCCCCAGCUUUCUACUCAGUCUGCUGGUUGUGGCAGUCGUGUUCUGAGAAGGUUCUCUCAGAGAGAAAGCUAAAAAAAUUCAGAAAAAAAAACAAAUUCAAAGCAAAAAUAAGUGCGAUCAGCUUGGAGCAAACAGCUGAUCGGCGGGAAGAUUGCAGCGGCUCCUGAGGCGGGAAGGGCCUUUCCCCCUACAAGGUGUUUCCAGGGCCAGGAAUCAAUCUUGGCAUUGAGGACACCAGCGGAUUAAGACCAGAGACUGAAAGUCGUUGCGGGGAGCAAGUGGGGCGGCGAUAGGGUUACAUUGCCCAAAUUGGCUAAUUCCCCUUUUUACACGCCUCUUGAAGCUCCCUCUGCACAGCUGACUGGCUUUAAUUGCAGGGUGGGAGAGAUCAAUCCCCUACUUGAUUCUGAGGCCUCAGGGCUUUCUAGCCCGCAUGGCCUAGGCAUAAGUCACUGCUUGGCAGUAACUCCCAAUUAAGGGAUGGGAAGCAGGCAGAGAAGAGCCCCUGUCCCCUGCAAUGGCACAAGCCUCUUCAAGGCACAGCAGGAGAUCCAGAAAGCAUUCCUCAGCCCAAGGUGCAGCAGCAAGAAUCAAGGCCAAAGCUGUUGCCAC